AUGCUAUCGCUGCGCCAUCACCUUCAUCAGGUGCCCGCCGUCUUCACUAUUCGUUCCGGUUCCAUCUUCACACUGCAUCAUUCUACAUCUCUGGCAAUUCCAUAUGUGCGUCUUUUUCAGUCAUUGGGUCUCAACAACGCGCUGGUCGAUCGCUUGUCACAACUGGGUCUGACAACUCCAACUUCCAUCCAAUGCAAGGCAAUUCCGCCCAUUUUGGCAAAUAAGGAUGUCGUUAUAGCUGCAGAAACAGGUGGAGGUAAGACGUUGGCAUUUCUCCUGCCAAUAGUGGAGCAGCUCCGUCGUAAUGUACUACCGAUCAGUGAGAUGCGCCUUCCGGCCGCUCUCGUGCUAACGACUUCGCAGGAAUUGGUGCGCCAAUUGGCAACAGUGCUGCAUCAAGUAGACCCGGAACUUGCACAACUUGCAGUGAGCUUGUCAUCUUCGAGGCAAAAUCUAGGACAAAGCGAUAAACGUGCAUGUCCAUUGGUGUUUGCCACUCCUGGAGCGCUGCUGCGUGGCACCAAACCGAAAGACUUUGCCUUUACACAGAUGGUCGUUGUUGAUGAGGCCGACAUGUUGCUUGGUGGUGGGUUCGAAAAGGAUACCAAGCAGAUCCUUGCGACGAUCCGCAACCAAUCGCUACUGAGGUCCGAGCUAAAUCGUUGUGGAGAUACAGACGUGAAAAAUCGAGAAUUUCGAGAUGAAGACGUUGCUAUGGAACGCACCCAAACCAUCUUUAGUGCAAUAUCCUCCUCACCUUACUAUGGUAAACGUUCCGUGCGCCACUAUAUCGACUACAAGUUUCCGUCGGCUGUGUUCGCCAUUACUAAGGACUUUCACCGCACGUUGCCAAACCUGACGCUGCGUGCGCAUGACUUGCAGGGUUUCAUGGCGCGUAGUGACUUCACGGACGAGAAGCAUGCUCGCUGUGAACUCUUGUACGAGAUUUUAACAUCGGUGGGGAUCAGUGAUAACGACCAGGUGAUAGCGUCAGCAGGUGAAAAGACGCUCGUAUUUACCAAUUCCAUUGCAAGCGCCGACGCGCUCUUCGAUUUCUUGCAAAAUAACAAGAGCAUGACGAACUGCGCACUGUUUCACAAGGAAAUAGACCGAGCACAACGUCAGCACCUUUUAAAGCGUCUCGACAGUGAAGCCGAAGCCGAUAAGGAUCUCGUUCUCAUUUGCACGGAUAUUGCAGCGCGAGGCCUAGAUACCACUAAGGUGGGCCAUGUCGUUCAAUUUGAAUUCGCCGGUGACGUGGUGAGCUACCUGCAUCGCAUCGGUCGUACAGGUCGUGCCGGUACAGCGGGUACCGUGACAAGUAUUGAAUCGCUUGAGAAUGACCUCGUGCUAGAUAAAAUCCGAGAGGCUGGUACAUCCACGCUGCAGAAUGCUUUUAGUCGAAAACGCAGUCUCCGCAAAAAGUUUAAAAAAUCGUUGAGCCCAAGCAACAGCGACUAUUAG